AUGUAUGUCAAAAAGAAAACUCUUGAUAUAGUGCGCUGGCGCAUUCGCACUCUCCGAGCACUUAAUGAAUAUCGGAUGGAGGGGAGAAAGGUGGUAUACAUCGACGAAACAUGGGUCACCACGAGGAUGCAUCGUAGCAGCGAGUGGGUUGAUGCCACACAGUCCAUGAUGAGUGCCACCUACAAUCAGCAGGUCUCUCCUGAAGAAGGGGAGCGUUUUGUGCUUGUUGCUGCAGGCAGAGAAGAUGGUUUCAUUGAGGAAUCAUUCUUGUGUUUUCCUACAAAAAAGAAAACUGGUGACAACCAUGGUGAAAUGAAUGCCGACCUCUUCGUUCGUUGGCUCACGUCCCAACUUUUUCCAUCAUUGCCUGAGCCAGCAGUGCUGGUGCUUGACAAUGCACCCUACCACAACCAAUUGAGCGAAGAUAGUCGUUGCCAAAACCCCUCCACCAUUAAAGCACAUAUCAUGAAAUGGUUGACGUGCCGCCAGAUGCCAUUCCCUCCAAACGCCACACGCCCUGAGCUGUUGCAAAUCGGCAAGCGAAAUCACCCACUACCUGUGUAUGAUAUUGACAACAUCAUCCGUUCAUGGGGACAUGAAGUCGUUCGACUACCACCUGCUCAUCCUGAGCUCAAUGCUAUUGAGCAAGUCUGGGGCUUUAUGGAAUAA